AAUUCUAACGAUUAACAUUUAGAACUUUUAAAAGUACAUUUUAAAACGAUUCUGCUUUUGAUUUGAUCAAACAUCAUUAUUUCUCAUUUACCCAUAUUACACAUGACGAUAUAUUUCGUGGGUGUUUCCAAUACUAUGAUAUAGGAAUAUUUAACUUUUAUGCACUCGCAGUGCAAGAGCAAUAACAUCCCGAGAAGUGUCCCACGCCACACAGACCUCUCAGUCUUCCGGUCUAUUACGGAUGUUGUGUUUGGAUGUACCAGGACCCCACAACAGACCACCACGAGGAGCAUAAGCAGAUGCGUUAAAUAGGAAAAAUAAUUACACGACACGGAUAUUCACACCGUUGCAACUCUCUGUGGCAAAUGGACAUGCUCGUAAUAACCAAUAAUACAUGACCGUGCGCGAGCCAGGGAUUAAGCACGCUGACCACAUCGGCGUUUCAUAAGAGCAUUUUAUCUCCAGGAAACCAUUUGGGUACCAUGGAUGGUGAGUUAUCACCAUGGAAUAAACAUGGAAGUGAUACAACAGGGGAACGUCAGGAGGAGCAUAACGUGAUAGGAGACGGCUUUGCUGCUGGGGAACGAAUAACACCACUGUCAUCUUGUACGAGUGGUGCAUUUAAGGCCUUGCUACCAGAUUACCAUGGAACUUCUUUAGCAAUGUUAACAAACUCUGAUAAAUAUUCCUAUUCUCCUGAAAAUCAUUGUUUCAUCAAACCUGGCACUGCAGUGGAUGAAAAGAUAGCAGUAGAGAGAAGGGAAGAAAAAUUUUUUUUUAAAGACCCUUUGGGUAAAACAUUAGCUAGUGCCACACAUAUGCUUCCUCUCAGAUGUGGCGAAUAUGUGACACAUGAAAAGAAUCGAGAAAUGGACCAGGGGAAUGGUAAUUGGACAUCAGUGAUCAAAGAUGCAUUAGAAAUGAGUAACGGAACGGAAAUGGAACAGACUUUAUCUAUGAAUGAACGUGGCCCCCUAAUGGACUAUAAUCCUAUAUAUAAAGGAUCUGAAACUGAGGCAAAUUUUAGAUUGAAGGACAACUUUAAGAUUGCAGGAUCCAAACUAAAUGAGAAGAUGGAUGGGCAAGGAGUAAAAAAAGAAUCGGAUUCCUUUAUUUCAGUGUUGUCAGAUGACAUUAUUAAAAACAAAGGUGUUUUGGAAAUGGGGAAACAUGAGGAGCCAAGCGUAUUAGAUGUUGGAUCAUCUUUAAGAAAAAAAAAGGAAAAUGGAAUUACUGGAAUCGGAGAACCUGGAUUGGACAGGAGUUCAUACACUCCUUUUUCUUCAUCAGAAGAUCUUAUGAAAAGUGAACAGUUUCCAUGUAAUCCUCUGGAGAACCAGUCUGUUGAUCAGACCCUUCAAGUGUGCAAAGAUGUUAGUCCUGAAAAAACUACCACUAUGUUUAAGCAAGCAGAAGUAAAAAAUGAAACUGAAGGUUCUAUUGUAUAUGGUCAUCAUCCUCUUGAUCUUCAAAAAGGCUGUCACCAAGCAGAGGUUACAGAUGGAAAAACUUCAGUCAAUUCUCAGGAUCAUUCCUUACAGCAUAGUGUGCAAGAUGAGAGAGUAAACACAAGCAAUCCGCAUGUCUCCGGGACUACAGUAAUAAAAGAGAAUCCUGCAUAUCUGCCCAACAGUCAGUACUUUAGCAGUAAGCUAAAAAAACAAGUUUAUGAUCUUGUACCCACUCCAGCCUCAGUGAGCAGUCAAAACACAACUGAGGUUGAACGUGAAAACCUAAAACUGCUUACCUCAACAGAAGACAGGAUCUCUGAGAGUAGUCUACCUGUGACAGGAAACAGUAAAACUACUGAUAUCCAAAAGACAUCUAUUAACACAAAAACUGAACUUAAUCAAAAGGUAGAAACAAAAAAUUCUCCUGAAAUUCAGAACUCUUCUUCAGUAUCAGAGACGGUUCCAGAUCUAUCUGCUGUACCCAAUAGAAUUCACACUGAUUAUGAAUGCAGAGAUUCUCAGUUUGAAUCAGUCAAAAGCAGCAACUUAAAUGAGCUUUGUUUUCAAGAGAGCAGUUCAAAAAAUGCGACACUGACACUUACUUCAUCUUCUGUGCUUACUCAAAGAACUGCAGAUGAAUGUGAUAUUCAUGUCCAAGAGAAACAAACCCCAAUAAGUCCAAGCACGGUUUGUCUGCCUUGUAACGAGAAUGGAAAAAACUCUGAAAGAAGUGAGAAAGUACUUCUCAACAUUACUUCACAAAGCAGUAUUUCUCCAUCUACUGAGAAUGUUCAGGAAGCUCCACCUUCUCCCAAAAGGAUGGACUGCUCCUCUCAGCCUGUCUUACAGAAAGCGUUGCUGAGCCCUAAGAAAGCAAGAAAAAGAAAACAAACUGAGCUUGAAGCAUUAAAAGGACCAAUAUACAAAUCUAAUAAAAGAGAUGACUGUUCUAUGUAUGUAUCAGAAGUAUUAGACAGUACUGUGAAACUAGACAAAACAGGAUGUGAGAAAACUAAUCAAAACACUGAUCAUGACACCACUGAACCAAAACAGGAGGACUUAGUAACAAAUGGUGAUGUAAACCCACCUUGGAAAAAAUGUCAGAUGGCACAACCUGAACUACUUGGAGAUACAGCAGAGACCUCACAAAAGCCAGAUCAUAGCUGUUUUGGUGCUUCACAGGAAGAAGUACCAUCAAAUGCUAGGAUCAACAAGAAGGCUACUUCUAGAAAGAAACUGAAGAAAAAAACAACGCUACAUUUAAAGGCAAAAGAAUCCGCUACCUUUGGCAACCAGUGUUUGUCUCAAAGCACUGUCUUGUCCCCUGAAGAGGACUGUAAAUCAGAUUUUCAGGUCAGUGACACAACUCCAAUAAAAGGAGUAAGUAAUCCAGCAGCAAUGGAACAUGCCAUCUCUAGUUUAGAGUCCAUUCCAGAAAAAAUACAAAAAUCCAUGAAAAAGACCACAAAGCAAACACUACAAAGCAAAGAUAAUCCACACAAAGAUGUGCCCACAAGAUUUUCAGAAAGUGAGGCAGACGUGGAUGUCAAAGGGCAUCAGAAGGUGAGAAGAUUUCCUUUCAAGGCUUCUAAAAGAAAGAAUAAGAGUGCAACCAGUCUGCUGGAUAGGCAGUCUUCACAAGAUUCUGAGGGUCAAACAGUUUCAACCUCAGUGACUGAAUCUUUAAAAAUUCUAAGCCCUCAGAAUAACCCAAAGAAAUCAAAGGAGAAGACAAGAAUGCAUAUCAACAAACCAGCAAAAACACCCAAUGUGUGUCCACAAGAGGAUAUGGAAAACGUGAUGACUCCCAAAACAAAAACUGUUAAAGCAAAAAGUCCUCUAAAAAAGGCAACUAGAAUAGAUGAGAGUGAAACUACUCUUUCAGAUACACAGCCUUGUACAGCCACUGCUAAACAACCAGAUUCUGUUUUUAAUGUAGUAAAUGAAAUUGAGUCUCUCAACACACCAAGAAAGUCGCUGAAAAAUAAAUUGUCACAUAUUAAAUGUGAUGCAAUACAAGUGCCUGUAGUUAACCAAACAACAGCUCAACAAACUGUUUUGAAUGCGCCCUCAGAAUCUAACAUUGUGCAGCCAACUACAAAAAGAUUCGGAAGAAAAACACUUGACAAAAACAUUUCUCAUGACACAGUUGGUGAGAACUGUGAACCUGAUCAUACAACUCUUUCUUCAGUUGAUUCUGUGUAUGUUACAGAAACUGACUUUUUGGGUGUCAACCAACGGAACACAGAAAAGACAUCAAGUAAGAGGAGAAAGACAGACAUUAAGUUGAUAGAGGCACCAUCAUCCACUACUAGCCAGCAGGACAAUGUCACUUUACCAUCCUCAGAAGAUUUUUCAUCUAUUGUGGUUUCAAAUCCAGAAGAGACUGUGAAAGCCAAUGGAUUUUCUAGAAGCAAAACAAAUGACAACCACUUAUAUGGUAAUUUGAUUGAAGAAAAAUCUUUAUUAGCAACUGUGACACAAGAAAGUUCUACUUUACCUACAAAGAUUGAAUCUUCAAGCUGUUUUAAACUAAGCAGCACACUGAAAAAGACAAGAAGAAACACUGUAACCAAAAUCAAAAAUGAUGUAGCAGAAAUACUUGGUGUAAACCAGCAUGAAGAUCUGGCUGCAAUACCCUCAAAAUCUGAUGAAAACAUGGUAGCCUCCAGUUCACAAAUGACUUUAAAAGAAAAAACGAUUGUGGAAAAGGCCAUUAGGCAGGAAAUUAAAGAUGACAAUUCAGUUCAACUUUUGAAAAUGCCAGCUUCUACACUCACUCUGCAGCAAACAGAAUGUCUUUCAACUUCAGUUCACAGCACAGCAACAAAAUCUAAGAAAAUGUCUGCCAUUAAAUGUGAAGUAGUACAUACACCCUCAGCAGACCAAACAAUGGCACAAGGAAUCCAUCCAUUGGAUUCUAUAUCAGCCACAAAAAUUACUAAUUCAGAUGUUCUCAAACAAAAGAAGACAAAGGUAAAGAUGAAAAAAGAGCCUAAAAAGGAGUCCCAAGGAGCCAGCGAUUCAGUGUCAAACAGAAAGACAAAUUCAAGGUCAGAAGACAUGACAAAGAAAUGUGAAAAAAAGAGAACAUCGUCACUGGAAGAUCAAACAAAGGAUGUAGAUCUGCCAUCAACAGUAUCUCAGAGUAAGGAUGCAACACAAGACCCCUGCAUAGAGACAUACAAUGUAAAUGAAACAGCUGAAAGUCAUGUUGAAAACCAGGUUUCUAUCACUACUAAAGAUGUUGCCAGCCUUCAGAGCUCACCGAAGGCUGCAAAGAAAACACAAAACAAACAACAAAUGAGAAACAAGAAUGAAAAAAGCAAUAUUCUAGAGCUGGCUCACAGAGAGGAUAAAAUGUCAGAUUUACCUUCUGUUGUGAGUGGGGUAGUCUCUGAGAAUUCGGAAACGGACAGCUGUAAUCAGAAUUUAAAGGUAGUUAAAAAGAAAUCCAAAAAAUCCAUGGAAAUUGCAGAUGGAUUUACUAAUGUUUCUUUCUCUCAAGAGAAAACUACUGGAUCAGAUGAGGCAGGUGUCAUGUUUACUUUAACACAAGUUGCAGAUUUAUGUAAACUGCCUGAUAGUCAGACCAUAGGAUCGCAGCAGUCUGAAAAAGAUGAUGCUGUGAUUAAUCAAAAAGACCUCAAAGCCACAAACCCUCCUAAGAAAAGGGGUAGACCUGGACGAAAGAAGAGGAAGAUGGCUUAUCUGUUAACUCAAACAGAGGAACAUAAAGAUAUAUGUUCUGACAACGUAAUUACUUCUGAUUUUCAAAACAACACACAAAUUAAAAUUUCAGAAAUUUCACAGAAGAGUAUAGACAUUCCUGAAGAACCAGUACUGAAAUCAAGAAAAUCAGCAAGGACACAAAAAAUAAACUCAGGUCCAGUUGUUGAGAAUUUGUUAACACACGUUAAGAGCAAAGUCUCUUUAGACAUCACUGGGUGUCACACAACACUUGGAGAGACACUUUCAAAUUCCACGCAAAGUGCUGAUUGUGAAGACCAAUACACCGUUGAGAAAAAGAUACCAAGACGAGGAAGACCACCUUCAAAGAAAAGCAAGAAACAGAAAUUAUUUGUAGCACAUUUAGAAAAAAACACAUCUACAUCUGUCCAGAAAUCAGAUCUCUCUCUAUGUCAAGACAGCACAGAAGAUACUGUCAAAGCAGCUGCAAGUCCAAAUGAUACAGAUAAAAAUUUAAUUGUUACUAAACAGUGUGGGACUGAUACCUCUGAAUCCCUUCAAAGUGCUAAUGCUGUCUUGUUACACAGCAUCCCUAUAUCUGAGCUUAAAAAAGAGAAAGACCUCAAAAGACAAACAAGAGACCAAAAGUUAACAAGCUUGAGAGUAUCCAGCAGAACAAGUUUAACAUUAGUCAAAGGUUUUCAAAAAGCAGACAUAACUUCCCUCCCACAAAAUUCCACAGAUACGUUUAAUGAGGAAGGAAAAACAUCUUUGCCUGUGUCUAGGACAAUGAAGAAAUUCUGAGAAAAAACUGCUACACAAGAUGGCAUUGUGUUGGCAGAUAUAAAGACAGAGAAUAAGGCAACAGUUAAAGUACUAAGGGGACGAAAACGUGGUCGGAAGAGACGAAACGUUAAAGAUGGAGAGCUUCAAAUAUUAAAAACACAAGAUGCUUGUGAACCAGCCAAAGGUUUACUGACAAAGUUCAGUAUGACCAGUAAAUGUCCCACUGAGGACCAAAACAUAGUCACACCCAAAAAAAAUGAUACUGACGAAAUCAAGUCAGACAGUGUUGAAAUGAUUCCACCAAUAACUGCAGGGACCUGCAAGAUAAAACCAAAAGCAGAAAUCUUAUGCAGUUUUCCCAAUGACCUGUCCUCUAAUUUAAUGAAAAAAGUCAAGAAGUGUAAAGUAGAAGAACACAGUGCUGAAUCGAACAGAAGAGAUUCAUUAGAGGACCCCUAUACUGAUAAUACAGGAGUCUCAAGAGGAAUAUGUAAUUUAAUUCUUAGUAAUGUGGUCAAGGAUGAGUCGGAACAAAUUUCUCUGGAUACACAAAUGAAACCUGACAUUGAGUUGAAAUGUACUCAGGAAGCAGAUAGACUAAUUGUGGAAACGUCAAGGAAAAAAGUACUUGAUAUCCCACUAAAGACAGAAAAUGCACUCCAGCCUUCUACAGAAUGCAAGGAGGAUAGUUUCACACAGGAUAGUGAAGACUGUGUUGUAAUGGCAAGAAAAGUGACUAAUAACUGGACAAUAAGAUCCAAACCUAAAGAAAUAGUGAAGAAACCUCUCACCUGCAAAUACUGUGAAGUUUCCUUUCGGCAUAUUACAGCAUAUACCAUUCAUCAACGUGUUCAUACAGGGAACAAACCCUACAAAUGCAAGAUCUGUGGGAAACCCUUUUCUCAGUUGUCUAAACUGAAGUCUCACCAUAAUGUACAUAAACAGGACACAUCUUUUCCUUGUCCUUGCUGUAACCAAAGGUUUUUGCAGAAAGAUGAUUUGCUAUCUCAUUUUAAAGUUCACCUACAGAAAUCAGAAGCAAGCAGUGAAUCACAGAAGCACAUAAAGAGGAAGAGAAAUACUUCAUCAAAUGUUUCUUCUAAAACCCACCAAAAUUAUGGGUGCCUUAUUCGCAAGAAAAAAUUUGUGAAAACGUCAAAUUACAGGAUCACAUGCAAGUGCAUGAAGUGGAGAAGCCCUUUACUUGUAAAGGCUGUGGGAAGGCAUUUUGGAAACAGUCAAGCCUCACAGCUCAUGAAAAAACCCACUGGCCUGUUAAACCAUACGCUUGCUCGAUUUGUGGAAAAGGCUUUAACCAAUUAAAAGCCCUAAAAAAGCAUUCUCAACACCAUGCUGGUGAGACACCAUUCUCCUGCUUCCACUGCGGUCAUGGAUUCAGUGCCCUAUCUGCACUAAGGAUGCACCAAGCAUCCAAAACAUGCAUCGCAAGGAAAAAUGAUGAGGAGAGCAAUAACAUUGAGGGCUUCAUUGUAAGUCAAGGAAUUGAUGGUCAAGUGAACACACCAGUAUUCUUUAAGUGUCAAAUAUGCAAAGAGCUUUUCAGGAAAUGGUGCCAAUACACUCUUCACCUUCAGACACACACCAGCUAUCCCCCAUAUAUUUGUUUUUCAUGUGGACAGUGUUAUGAGAAGGAUUCAGAGAUGAAUGUGCACUGUGAGGUUUGUUGCCUAUCAAGUGGGGAGGAGAAGAUUUGUGGCGCAUCACUCACUGAAAUCAUGCAAAGUGUUACCCAUAUCUAUCCUUUAAGGAGUACCUCAUCUCAGAGUCUACCAAGUAUAGGAUUUCAGCUUAAUUCCCAAACACAAACCAGCUCAGAACAGCUCCCUCAUCUGCCUCAAUUGAUGGAUGUGGAACCUGCACAACCAAGAGAUGCAGAUCCUUCAAAACUUCCUAAAAAAUAUUCUGCUCUUUCACCCAUCAAGCUCCCAAAUGCCCAAUCACAUGGUCAUUCUGAUGUUAACUAUACUUCCCCAAAUGGCUCUCUAAAAUGCAUUGAAAUCACUCAGAGUAUUUGUAAAUUUAAGUGUUCACGUUGUGGUCAGCGAUUUGAGAGGUACAGGGAUUUGAGUGCUCAUCUGCAAACGCAUGCUCCUGGUUUCAGAUAUACUUGUGCACAUUGUGGGCAGUUCUUUGAAAGGUGGAGUAAAUUAUGGCUACAUCAGCAUCGUCAUCGCCUAAAAAGCCGUUGUUACUCCUGUGCGCAGUGCAAUCUACAGUUUCGUUUCUUUAGCUCUUUUCGAGAGCAUAUGAUUGACCAUGCCGGGCAGAGACCAUAUGCUUGUCCGCUCUGUCCCAAAACCUUCAUUCAGGAGGCAAGCUUACAUGCUCACCAAUGUGAGUCUCAUAAACUUUGUAAAAGUCUGAAAUGUGAUGUCUGUUCUAAGACUUUCAGUAGUUUAACAAACCUAACUAAGCACGGUCUUCUGCACAAUGGUUCUACCUCUCACAUUUGUCUCCUUUGCAAUCUGUCAUUCACAAAUACAAGAGUCUUAAAGGAACACUUAAAAACGCACACCACCCACCAUGGACGGGCCCUCCCUGAUAUUCCAUCAAAGCCGCUUGAUUUUCCUCACAAGUGCAAAAGGUGUAAAGCUAGCUUUUCAACUGGAGAUUUGCUCUACGCUCAUCAGAUAUGCCAUUCUCGAGACGCAAAGACUCAUAUCCGUCCAGCAGUAUUACCUACCUCAAAAUUGUCUGAUUCUUGUAAAGACACACCAUCUACCCCACCUUCCACUCACAGGAAUCAUAUAUCAAACCUCAAACUUGAUGGCAUGCCAAAUGAUGACAGCCUGUAUGUUUAUUCCCACCCUGACAAGCUGUAUGUGUCCCCUAGUCGCAGAGUACAGCUUCCAGUAAUUAAUUUGGACCCUGAUGAAAGAGAGGUCUCAGACUCUCAGAAUCCUGGUCCUGAACUUCCAAAUAGAGAAAUCACUUCUCAAUUUGACAGCACACACCUACCUCAGGCCACAUCAGUUCAGGAAACCACCAACCUAAAAUCAAGUGAAAGCAUAAAGAUGAUGGUAAAUGGUCAACGUAAUUAUAGCUUCAAUUGUCAGAGAAGCCCUACAUUUGUGGAGACAAGUGUUGACAUGGAAGUAGAACAUCCUACUCAAGAAGAGUCAGAGGAGAGUUUUGAAUGUGCAGACUGUACUGAAAAACUAACCAGUGUGUUAGGCCUUUAUGAACAUUACAUACUUCAUGCAAUGGGAGAUGCAUAUGUACAAGUACACUGAUCAUUGAUAAAUCAUUGUUAAAAGGUAGACAUUUUCUGCAUAUAUUAUGCUUUGAAAUGAAUGUUUUGACUUGAUGACACUUAUGUUUUAGAGUUCCAAACAAAUAUUUGUUUAAAAAAAGUGCUCAUAAAAAAAAGCAUUAUGACUCUUCAUUCAACGCUUUUUCAACCCUCAGGUUUCUUCAGUUUAAAAGUAGUUGUCCACUAGCCACUCUUAGAUACUGUAUUACCGGGGUCAUCAUUAUGCCUUACCUCAGUUAUCUCUGUAUUGCCAUUUGUCAUCUUCUUUUGUGCCUUCAGCGGCAGUUUUGGUUAUGUAAAAGAUUUGUACAUACAUAUACAUAAUCCUAUAUAAACUCCAAAACCUUCUAAUCCUUACUCUGUAAAAAUCUAACAGUUGCAUUUUCAACACCUUUUAAAAUUCAGUUUUGUAAUAUUGAGAAGAUGUUAAAUGUAGAUUAACCUUGAACGUUCAUAUAUGAAUGUCUGGCUGGGACACAAAUAUACAGUUUAUUGUAAAAAAAAAUGUGUAGAACUUGAGAACAUUAGAAUAUUUCUGGAAAAUAAUGGCUUCAAAAAUGAUCUAAAAAGAUUCUAUGCUUUUAAGUGGAUUCUUGUUUUUAAAUAAAACAUGCUAAUUGA